CUUUGAUACAUGAGACUGGUUGGUUUUCCCCUUUACGAUCAUGUUGGAUGCUUUCAAAUGCACUGUCGGAAAAAUGGACAUUUCUCAAGACUUGCAUCCAAUAGCACAGUUUAGUUUGAUAAUGUCAUAUAGGCCUACUCUGUGAACAUGAUAAAACUACUAUUUGUAUAUGUAUGACACUAUAUUAUUUGUGGAUGUGCUAUUUGCUUAACGGGGCACAUCAUCGACCUUAACAGGUUUAAUGUCCUAUGUUAUAUCAACCAUAUUAAUAUGUUUCCACAGAACAACACUUGUGCUGGAUCAAGCCCACGUGAAAAUAUCAAACAUCCGAGCGUCCAAUCAGCGCUUGAACGCAACACCGAUGAGCUCCGUUGAAGCUGUCGCUCCCACAGCAGAGAGAUGAGAUGGCAACACUGGGAGUAAAGCAACAGGUCGGAGUUGGUAAAGUUUCUGCAAAUUGAUUUGUUUCCCUUUAAGAGUGUGCAGGGGAGAGAAGAUCUGAGAAAGCACUGCGUGAAAAGUUUCUUGGCAUGUUUUCAGGGUUUUUGAGAGCAUCCUUUAAUGUAAAGGUGUCCAUCACAAGUGUUCAGUUCUUUAAAACGCAACUUUUUGUUCGCAUUUUUAACGUUUAGCAGCUUGGAUGCUUGAAAGGACCUCCAGCAUAAAACAGUCAAAUUUAAUGAAAUAGAAAAAAAACGACACAUUUUCUUCAGUGAAGCAUCACCACAGGGGGCCAGAAGCUUCGCGGCUCUUCAGGAUGUUUUGCACAGUUCUCCUCCUCGCAGCCCUCGGUGUUUUUGCGCAUAUGUGCACCUUUACGCACGGGUGCCAGCUCCCCUCCGAGUGGCGGCCGCUGAGCGAGGGCUGCCGAGCGGAGUUGGCGGAGAUCAUCGUGUACGCGCGGGUCCUGGCGAUCCACCGGGAGCCCCUGGGCGGCGGGGCUGGCAGUCUAUACAAUUCGCUGCCCUUCGGGUUCGGGUAUGGGUACGAGGGCGCGGAGGAAGGGCUGCUGUACUCUGCGGAGGUAGAGUUGCUGUGCGACCAGGCCUGGGGAAGCAUGCUGGAGGUGCCCUCCGGAUCAAGACUCAACCUGACCGGACUCGGGUACCUGUCCUGCCAGUCCCACACUGUGAUGGAGAACUACUCCUACUUCUUUUUCCUCAGGAUGGACGAGAACUACAACAUCCUGCCACAUGGCGUCAACUUCCAGGACGCCAUCUUCCCCGAUACAUCAGAGAACAGACGCACAUUCUCCAGCCUCUUCCAGUUUUCCAACUGUACCCAAGGGAGCCAGCCUUUCCACACCUUCAGCCCUGAGUGGGACACCCAGGAGGACAGCAGGCUGAUGUGCGCCUCAGUGCAGGCUGCGCUGUUUGAGGAGGAGGAGCGGGGUCGCAAGCUACGGGAGCGCCUGGCCGCAGCGGAGAGGAGGAACCGGCAGCUGAAGGAACGCGUUCGUAAGGUGAAGCGCUCCCUGAGGAAUGCACGCAAGGCUGCACGCAAGGCCGAGCAGGAGGCGCAGGAGCUGCAGGAGAAGCUGAAGGCCGCAGAACGUUGGGCGGGCCAUCACCUCAAUGCCAUAACACAAGAGGAGCCUCCACCAGAGCGUUACACAAGCACAGCAAUACGCCAGCGAAUGCAACUUUAACUGAUGACAGCUGACCCAACACGCAACCUACCUGGACUGAUAACUGGCUGUGGAGAUCCGGAGACUGCUGGGCGGUCUCUAUCUAGGGGAGAAACAAAUAGCAACAGUCACAUAUAAGUAAACACACUUUAAAAAGAAUAAUCUACAUAGUAAAUAAAGUGCUCUCUCUCUCUCGUGUAAUACAAAAGUGAUUGUCAGGUCCAUUCCUGGUCAUCUGACAACAGAGCAAAGAAGUGAAUCAAGAGAUCAUCUUGCAGGUGGAGCAGAUCAUUAACUCUGCCGCCUUCUACAACCAGAUUCAUUUGUCAGUCAGAGCUCUUCUCAGGCCGGGAUCACAUAAGGUGGUGUUUUUGCUUCAACACGAAGCACAGAUUUUUAACAGUAAGAGUAGGAGCUUAUUCCAGUGAAAAGUCUGAUGCAUUUAUCUCCUUACACUUCAACCAUCAGGUUUUCCCAACUCAAGUAAAAGUAGUUAAUGUUUUACGUUGGUGCAAAAUAAUGAGAACUAAGACGAUAAUAUAGGAUCCAGUGUUUAAAAGUCAGGAUAUCUCUGUCUCCUCUGCAUCAAUUUUCUUGAUAUGAAACUGAUUCUAGCCAAAGCUAAAUCCCUAGAAUAUCCCUUUAAAGUGAACUGAAAGACACUAAACACCCAGUACAUGAGUGGAACCGCAGAACUGGAUGAUUCUUCUCUUCAUCCUUCGUCACUAUGAGUGACCUCUUCCACUGCACACAUAACACACACACAAGCUGACCUGGUGUUAGUAUAGACAUAUUAGUUGUAGCAGCUUUAAGUAAUUGAGAGACUUUUUGCAGCUUUAGUGAUCCAUGUUGUAUCUUAAACAAAGUCCAAAUUCAAGAAUGCCUCUUAUGUAAUCAUGGCCGACUGAAGCAAAGACGAGAGACAUUACACUUAAUAUUAAUGAAGUUGUGAUUAAUCGACUCUUUCUUCAGUUGAAAUUGUGAGCAGAGAGUGGUGUGAACUAAGAAUGAGAACAUAUUUGAUGAGGUUCAUUUAUUAUUAAUUUGAGUUGUUUGUUGUUGUUUUUUUUUUUUUUUUUUACUUCUGGAACACCAGCCUUUAUGUGGAUGUUUUUCAUAUGAGUGUUUUUCUGCAUAUAAAAUCUGAUUUGGAUGAACAUCAGUGUGAAUGUGGCAAUAUUUUGAAGUAGGAUAUUAACAGCUGGGUGACUGGAGUACAAAAAAACAAACAGCUACACGCGCUCAGCGGUUGAACCUUACAGCAUCACGCAGAGAGUGUAAAGAGAGGUUAAGGUCAGAGGAGACAUUUAACGUUUAUAUGUGUAGUAUUUGGAGAGCAAAUGAGUUUGUGUGUGUGUGUGUGUGUGUGUCUGGUCCAUCAAGUGACUGGAAUGUGUUUGUGUGGGCAGCAACGUUCUGAACAGCAGGAUGUCACUGAAAUAUUCCUCUAAUUCUGUCUGGAAAACCAAAAGCUCUGGAGGGAGGUGAGCAGCUAUCACAUCACGAGACCUCAGCGAAUGCAAGGAAAACAUCAAAUCGCCAAAAGAUGAGGCGAGGUGGACGGCGAGGGACGCAGAGAGACACAGAUGCUGAACUGCAGUCUCUGUCGUCACAUGGCACAAACAUAAUCAAACAUUCUGGGAUAGUGAGGUG